AUGCAGGUUGCCGACGUCCUUUCUGACCUCGCGUCACUGCGGGCUUGCGAUCAAGCAGAGGCGCUUGCCUUGGUCAAUAUACACAACGCUGAGCAGGCUCAUGGCCGGUCGCAGAACAAGGACGUGCAAAGAGCGACAGAGCUCAUUGAACUGCAUAGAAGCAUGAAGGAACAUCACAUCUAUCAGAACGGCGGAGUAGACGCUGCACUUCAUCAGGCCCGGAUGGACGUGGAUGCUGUGUUGGCAAAGCUGGGACGGUCUUGA